GCGGCGGCGGCACCUUCAUCGGCGGGCGGGGGCUACGCAGAGAAGGUCCUGCCGGUUUUUCUAGCCCUGCCUCCGAAUAGCAGCAGCGGUGGCGGCGGCGGGGUGAGUCACUGUUUGGCGAUGGAGUGGGCGGGUGUGUGUGUGUAAGAGAAUGAAUGAUGUCAGGGCGGCCGGCGGCUCCGGCGGCCGGCAUGAGGCUGGCGGUAAACACGGCGGCAGCCCCCAGCCAGCGCUGCCCCCGGCGCCUCCCGCCCCGCAGCCGCCCUCCAGCGGGGGAGCGCUCUGCGCCGCCCCGCCGCUGAGGGCAGGAAACCUCUGCGAGAAGUGUCGCCUCCGCUGACGCCCUUAAAGCCAGUCAGUCCCUUUCGCCAGGAAGGAGAAGAGUCUGAGGCCGCCAGAGGAGCAAAUUGCAGGGGAAGGUAGAGAUUGUGGCAAACUUUCUAGCUGCUUCUGCGUGUGGCCACCUCAGCGGUGGGAGUGUCUGGCCAUUAGGAACUGCACAGCCCACGCCUGGGAGCCCUGAGGCUUCAAAAAAAGACUUCCAGCUGCCUUUAGAGGAGGAACUGCCAGCAGUGCGAGCUUUUGCAUAUACAGCUGAGUAGAUGAUACAGCUCUAGAAGAAAGAUUUGUUUUCACGACUUGCUUUACAGUAUCUGAAUAGUGAAAGCACAAUGGACACUUAUAGAGUUUUACAGAAAUAAAAAAAUCAUCUAGGAACAAGAACGUUGGACUUCAAGGAAUAACAGACUUUAGAAAGCCCAGAAAUUGGUCACUAAUAAAGCUGCUUUGGCCAUACAGCUUGAGAAUGAAUACCAUUGAGACAGCAAAGCUUGAAGAGCAUAUGGAGGGUCAAAACAAUGACACUUCUAAUGGCUACUCACGACCUACUCUUUCAGUCAGUGAAGAGAACAAAAAUGGCACUAGCAAACCAAAGGGCUUGUCUAAUGGCUUGCGAAAGACAACAAAGAAAUAUCCUGAUUACAUCCAGAUUGCUAUGCCUGCUGAGUCUAGGAACAAAUUUCCUCUGGAAUGGUGGAAAACAGGCAUUGCCUUUGUCUAUGCUCUCUUCAACUUGAUUCUAACAACUGUCAUGAUCACUGUGGUCCAUGAGAGAGUACCUCCAAAGGAGCUAAGCCCUCCCUUGCCUGACAAAUUUUUUGAUUACAUUGAUCGUGUGACGUGGGCUUUUUCUGUAUCAGAAAUAAAUGGAAUGAUAUUAGUUGGAUUAUGGAUAUUCCAGUGGUUGUUUCUUAGAUACAAAUCAAUAGUGGGACGAAGGUUCUUUUUUAUAAUAGGAACUUUAUAUCUGUACCGCUGUAUUACUAUGUACGUUACCACCUUACCUGUGCCUGGAAUGCAUUUUCAGUGUGCACCAAAGCUGAAUGGAGAUUCUCAGGCAAAGGUUCAGAGGAUCCUGCGACUUAUUUCUGGUGGUGGUCUAUCCAUAACUGGAUCACACAUCUUAUGCGGAGACUUCCUGUUCAGUGGUCACACCGUGGUAUUAACACUGAUCUACCUGUUCAUUAAAGAGUAUUCACCACGUCAUUUCUGGUGGUAUCACUUAAUCUGCUGGCUAAUGAGCGCUGCUGGCAUAAUUUGUAUCCUUGUUGCUCAUGAACACUAUACCGUAGAUGUCAUCAUUGCUUACUAUAUCACCACGCGGCUUUUCUGGUGGUACCACUCAAUGGCUAAUGAAAAGACUUUAAAGGUUUCUUCGCAGACAAAUUUUCUCUCUCGAGCAUGGUGGUAUCCAAUAUUUUAUUUCUUUGAGAAGAAUGUGCAAGGCUCUGUUCCUUGCAGCUUUUCCUGGCCGAUAUCUUGGCCUCCCAGCUGCUUCAAAUCUUCAUGCAAAAAGUAUUCACGGGUUCAGAAGACAGGAGAGGACAAUGAAAAGUCUACCUGAAGAAGGAAAGCAUCUGCUCUGUUUUUCGGUUGUGUGUUUGUUUUUUUUUUUUUUUACCAAAACAUUAAUGCUGUAACCAAAGUUUUUGAGGACUACACUGUAACUGAAGAAGUGGACCAAGCUUCUGUGCAAUUGAUGGGAAAGACAACUGUAGACGCGUGUAUUGCCAUUUCAUAUGUUUUUCUAUCGUCAGGCUGUACAGACCUAUUCUACUCUUCAGUGCUAAUGGAAUGCACCGCUGAUGGGAUUUUUUUAUUAAAGAAAAAAUGGAGCAGGACUUUGCUUUACUAAUGAGAUAGAGGUGCCAAAGACCACAUUAACACUUUCAUUACUAACUAUCACUCAUCCACAGAAGCACCCAAAAAUCUCAUCUUCAGAGUUCUGGAGUGCAUAAGGGCAGAAACAUGCUAAAAUGUAAAGGCACGAUAUUGGCAUAUUGAGGUAUAUAAAAAAGAAAACAAAACAACACAAUUGUGGGAAGUGGUGUGUUUCAUUAUUCUUGCUAAUGAAGGUAAGGCCUUUGUGUGACUGGUACAGCUGGAAGCGAGUCUUGACUAAUUUUUACACUCUGUGGGUAUUAAUAUCUUAUGACCCUAAAAUACUACUUACCACCAUUAUCUCCCAUAUAUUCUACUAUAUACCAAUUUUUACAUUUUUAUUAGUAAUUUUAUAUUUAAACUGUUGUGCUACCUGAUGACUUUGCAAAUUAGGAAUAGCUGCUAACAUCAGAGCUCAAGGAGCCUAAAAUUUUGUUUUUAAAAAAGGACACAGUUUCAAAGUCUAAAUCUUUAAUUGCAGUUUGGCCUUGUGUAUAUAGCUAUACAGUGCCUAUCGGUGUAUGUACAUGCAUAUACACACAAAAGCACACACUGCUGUUUAGUAUGCGUUUAACUACACAGAACUACUUACUGGAAAGAGUGAUCAUAAAGUUCUUAAUUCAGGCAAAUGUCCUACAGAUCUCACCUGCUUGAGGAAUGCAAGGACAGGUCCAAAAUGGGGCUAUAUUUAAAAUAAACUUUUAAUUUUAGUAGCUAUCUCUUGCUGAAACUAUGUAGCAAGCUUGCUUGGGAGCCAUAGUUCUGCACUGAAUUUCUUUUUUACCUGUUGGCCCAUGUGUCUGUGACUUAGUUUAAAAAAACCCAAACAAACCAAAACAAACAAACAAAAAACAAACAAACAAACAAAACAAACCCCAAAGUGCCAAGGUGAAUACCUACAACAGUAGCAUUUCUUCAACUAUUACCUGAAACCAUUUCAUAUUAAACAAUCCUAUGGUAGAACUCACAUGCAGAUUCCUGUGUUUUUCCAGGGUUUCAGUCCAAUUAAAAUGGCUAUUUAAGAAAGUUGGCUGAGAAUGUGGGGAAAUUACCAUGGCAAACAUGUAACAAAACCAGAGAUCAACAGCUACCUGUUUCUUGUUGGUUUUCAUUGUUUUGUAUUGUUGGGAAAGUAAAGUAUAAAAUUAGCUUACCAUGUUUAACCCUUCAUGUUCUGUAUUAAUUUUUGCAGUUAACUCAUUUUAUUUUCAAAUCUUCAGUAAAACCUGAUAGCAAAGACAAAACUGCAUUAAGUGUUAAAGUGAUACUAACAUAAAGGAAAUGCUGCUUAUUUUAAGAAUGUCUUGAACUGAGUGACAAGUGUGAACACAGUUUAAAUAAUGACAACUUUUUUUAAAAAGUCCAGUUAAAGUUAUAAAAUGCAAUAGAGUAUUCAAAUACAAUUUUUUUCAGUUAAGGGGAUCAGUUGUUAAGAGUUGUACAUGAGAAUAUUAUUAAUGUGCAUUUCAAAUAUUUUUGUGCGUUAUCAAAGUAAUACAAUAAACAACAUUCCUUACAAUACAUCCUUGGUAAAAUUUAGCUAAGAAAGAAACUCUGCUGAUGUUUGCUUUUGUUAUUUAAAAUAGGCUUCUUAGAGACCUAUAACAUGCCCCUGGAAGUUGUGUGUGUAUGGGCAUACCUAUGUUUUCAUUUGCUUGCUCCUGGCAGACCUUGAGCUGCUAAAAAGCCAGUAUCAAAACAUUUAUACAAAAGUCCUUUCUCUGUAUCAUACAAACGAAGCUGCUCCAUGUCAGUCUGUAAAUCUCCCAAGAUACUUGUUAUAUCAAUACUACUUCAUAGAGCAUAAUAUUUUUUUUUUAAGCUGAAUUCUAAGCUUUGUGAUAUCUUAAAUACAGUCAGGUCAAGUCACUUGGAAUUACACUAUCUCUUAGAAAUUGUGGAUGAAUUUCAUUAGUGGUAACGAUGCCUUGAAAAUAACGUAAUGAAAAGCGUUCCAGUAAGGAGCUUAAAUAGUGGUUUUCAUCUGGUGGCUGAUUUGUCUGCAUAACCACCACCACAUCUCAGUGGGAUUUCUGUAAUAUAUCUGCAAAGUAGAAUUUCUUCAUGCAGGAUGAGGUGUUUGUUUUUUUUACAUUUAUUUCUAUUUCUGGAAGGAAAAAAUAUGGAAGUGAUGAAAUAGAACCAAUUCAACAUUAUGCUUUUGUUGGGCGGUGUGAGCUGUCAUUCUACUGCUGAAUUUGAUAGAAACUUCUAUUGUAAUACAAAAGGAAAGUUUUUAAAUGGCAGCCCUAGCUCAAAAUACUUGAUUCCUGUUCUGGCUUGGCCCUUCCUUAAGUGCUUAAGUCUUCUCCAUUGUAUUAAAGACCUCAAAAUAGUGUGUGUGUUUAAUUAGCAGAAAGCCCUACUUCUCUACUAUGUCAAUAGCUUUAAAUUGCUUUUGCAAACUUGAAUGACAUAGAUGUAUUUGAAGACUUUAUAAGCCUAUAUGUGAGGUGAUGAAAUGGGGUGAGUAAUGGUAUAUGCUAGUGCUUACUGCUAUAGUAGUUUAUCCAAUACAAACCAUAGCUGGUACAUAAAACUUAUUAAUUUUAAGAACUGAGAGAUCAUUGUAUAUAAAUACUGUGAAGCUGAAAACAUGGUUUCAUCCUAAGAGGAAAAAGAAUUGCAGUGGCUAAAAAGAACAGGAGAAACUUAAACUUCACAUAAUAUACUGAUCACUUGAUUGCAGGGUUAUUUGGGCUGUAGAUGCCUAGUGGUUUGCAGUAUGUCACUGUAAUUAUUUUUUUCCUGGAGUUACAAAAAUAAUUUUUCUUACAGAUGUCACAUGAGCUGCACCUGUACUGUGACUUUAAAAAAAAGAGCUCCUUCUCUCUACUGAAGAGCAUUUAUGUGUUGAAAUUCCCUGACACUUAAAAUUAGAGGCACUAUACUUGUAGACCUGCCUGUUGGUUUGACUUAGAUGCUGUUGGGUGCUUUGCAUUUAUGAAACAAGCUUUUUUAAAUGCCUAACCUAAAUUUAAGCCUGGAUUUAAAAGGUUAACAUGAGCAUUUAAAGAAAUGUGUUGCUACGUGGUCGUACUACAGAUGCUUAUUCCAAUGCCAGAAAUUAUUAACAUAUACUUGAAACCACUGUAAACUGAUGUUUUUAUGGUAGGUGCUUAGCACUCCCAUGUGGACAUAAAUGGUACUAAAUGUUAAUUAUUCACUGCUGUUUUCUUGGAAAGAUAGCUACAGUUGGGGUAGCAGCAAAAAGAGCUGUGCUGAAUGUUACUAUGAACUCUGGUACUGGAUUUGCUUCCCUCCUUCAAAAAAAAAAAAAAGAGGGGAGAGAAGGAAGGAAAAAAAAACAAACCAAGACUGUAUUUAUGUUAAGAUACGUGACCUUCAUGUAAUAGAGAAAUAAAGCUCAGUAAGCUCAGUAACAGAGAUAGAACUGGGAAGUAUUUUAAGAGAUGAGAGAGAAUUGUCUUAAUUAGAUUAUUGCAAAUCCACUUAUCUGUAUCUUAAAUUGGAAUCUGUUCAAACUCUGGCUUUCUCCCAUCAGUAACAUCUGGCUGGACAAUUUAUCCUAGUUCUUUGGUACUAAUCCAAAUUCCUUUUUGCAUUUCAGUAGAUAUGAAGUAUGAUUUACAGUUCUAGAGACCAGAUCCAUUAAAUUCAGUGCAAGGUGAAGUCUUUCUGUUUACUUUAACUUUUCCACUGCUUUUUUCUUCUAUUUUUUUUAACUUAAAGAAAUGAUCUUAAAGAUUCAUGGGGUAAUUCUAAAAACAUGUCCAAUCUAUCAGAGGUACUGGAACUAUUUUUUCCUACUGGCAGACUUAACAGCUGUAAAACUCCAUUGUCAUCUUGAUGUUUUUACAAUACAUGUAUUUUGGACUUACCUAGAAGUCUUCUAUAGGCACACAAAAUUAGAGCGAUACUGUAAGAUUGAACACUUCCGAAUUUAAGUCUAUAGCAGGCAUUGUAAAAUCAAUGUCUUAAAUUCAGUUACUGAAAAAAGGUCUUAAAAAUAAAUAACUUCUGUUGGACAUCAUUCAAAUGAGUGAUGCUGCUUAAGUGCACAUGAGAAAAAUAUCCUAGUGUGCCACUGAAGUAAUUUUGCAUAUGUUGGCCUUCAUAUAUGCUUUAUGAUGUUUCUAGUGCCUAAAAAAAAAAAUAAUAAAUUGCAUCGAGAAACUGAGAAUGGAGACAAAGGCUUUUGUUCUAGUAUUUAUAAGAAAAAGGAAGAUGAAAACAUCGAAGUAGAUAGUGGUCAUAUAUUGCUUUUUACAUGAAAUUGAGCUACAGCUAUACCUAACUUCUGAGUAAUGUAGAAUUAAAUUUUUUAUGUGUAGUAGUGCUGCAAAAAACCUAUAAGGAAACAGGCAGUAUUAAGAACUUACUCUACAGUACAGACAUAUGUCUUGUGCUGUGGAUUGUGCUGGUUCUCAUCUGUAACUUAGAAUCUAAAAAUAAACCCCAACUCAGUGAGAUGCUUGGAGAUUUUAAAAUAUUUAAAUAUGAUUAGCAAAUUGUCAAAAGCUCUUCCUCCAAGCUGUCACUAAUGGUUUCUAUAACAAGAAGAAAGUGCUGCAGUGCUUAAAACAUACUGAAGCUUUUUCUGGUUAGCUCAACUUUCCAUGGAUGUAACCAUUUGAUUAAAUCUUUCUAACCUAAAAAGUAGCACAUAAUUAUUUUGGGCUAGGUAUGGGUAACCUUAAUAUUGUAGGAGAAAAUUCUUGUUCUAAACUCAUCUCUUAUUUCACUGGAUAAUCUUUCCUAACAGAACACCUUAGAAUGCCUGACUAAUAUUUUAAGAUGAAGUAAUGAUAUUGGGUCUCUAGUGUGUAUUUAAAAUACUGCUGCUGAGGAGAUCUUCUCUCCAGGUUAAAAUUAGCGCUUAAAAACUCAGGAAGAUUUUACUUGUUUUCAAUGAAAAUAUUUUUAAUUCCUAAGGACUUGGGAGUUUAGCAAAUACCAUGAGAAGCUUUGUUUUCUGUGGCUGUUUGCUGUGGGCUAACCUUUAACUUAGAGAUGCAACCCAGGGAGGAAGAGAGGGCAAACCAGCUCUUGCUGUAAGUAGUUUGUCCCUUUUUGAAUUCAAAUGCUAUUGCCUGUGUGCUACAGGCAGUCUUAUCCAUACUAUUGUGGAAAAAAGAUGCUGUGUUAUACCAUUAUAUUUAGCAUUCUGUCUUUUUCAGAUGGUUCUGUAUUGGUCGGCCCCGUCCUUUCCCUAGAUGAGGAGUGUUUUUUAUCCUUUACUUGCUGUAUGGUUAGUCAUAACUGGUUUUAGUUCUGGUAAAUGUCAAUGGAAAAAAUGUAGAUCCAUUGUAUACAGUGGCUAAGGUGUUUUUACAGCCUCUACGUGUGGGUUUCUUCUAGCAGAAAUACGCUUCUUUCAAGCUAUGCCUAUAUAAUAUUAACUUCAGCUCUUGUAUUUGCCCUCUGCAUUAAGGUCUUUAGGAGGGUAGCAUUUGUGGAACUGCAAAGACUUACUACAGCAGAAUCUCCUUUGUGACAAUUAAGAUUAAUUUUCACAAAAAUAACUUUGCUGAAAUGUGUCUGAAGGUGUCUUCUGUUUUUUUUUAUUUAUGUAUUUUUUUAAUAAAAGGAAAAGUGAUCAGAAACUAGACUGAAGUAAAGGCACCUUGAGCAGAUGGGGACCUAGGCACCGUGCAGGGACGUGUGUGGAGAGGGGUCUCUGCAGCAUAUGCAGUAUCGGAUGCAGUACACAGAGGCUUCUCUGUGAAGAUAAACUAGAUUGUACUUGCAUAGUAGGUUGUGAGUCAUCACUGCUCAUCCUUUGAAGCUCCUUUCAGGCUGAGGGCACCAGUACCAAAGGUGGUAAUAGCUAAAAAGUGUAGUGAAGAUGGCUAACAAACUAGAAAACUAUGAAAGGGCUGAAAAGGGAGACCACUGUAAAACCAGUCAUCAGAGUUCUAAUUCAAUGGGGUAUAUUAUGUGGUGUUUCUUCAAGCAUGUGAGUUACAUUUAAAAUUAGUGGGUCUGUUUUCUUUUUAAAUUAUUGUUAUUGCUAUUAUUAUUGGUUUGUGGUGUUUGUUUUGUUUUUUAAAUUAGACAUGGCAGGAGUGCUGUGCAUAUCAAGAGGAAACUUAUCUCCCUGCUUCUACCAGUGAAGUGUUUGUAUAUGGACCUUAUACAAUACUGCUAAACUCCAGCCCCUCUUCCAUUUUGAGUUACUUGUCAUCUGUACUUUGCUACUCCUAUAAAAACUGCUUUUACAUUCCACUUUUUUCAUAGUUUGUUGCCACUCAAAAUACUGCUUAUGCUUUAGCCUAGGCUGUUUUGGGCUCCUGUCUUAACUUUAUUUGCUUCUAUUAACUGCCUUUUCUAAAUGGCUCAGUACAGAUGAGUAGGAUUUACGUUUGAGAAGGCUCCAAAAUUAACACUAAAGCCAAAUGGGAUUCUCAUGAGACACAUCUUUGCCCAAUUUGAAACCUGAAAUUAUUUUCAAGUACAAAACCUAACAUCUUUGGGAAUACUUUUUAUCUCAGGAAUCAAUUCUUGCUCUUUAAAUGUUUAGUAUGUUAAUUUGUGUUUAUCUUCCUGAUUCAGGAUAGCAUGUGUGAGAUGUGAAAAAGAUAAAUUCUGGUUGUUUUGUGAGGUCAGGGACACGCCAAGGAACCUGAAAGUAAAAGAGGAAAUAAUGGUUUGAUGGCUGUGGUUCUUGUGCUUUCCAUGUGACUUUGAGGAGAGCUCCCAAAGACUUCUGUAAAAACAGUACAGGAUGUCACUCUUUUUAACUGCAACAUGGUUUCAUUCUCACUGGCUGACAGCUUUUCUUCCAUGACUUCUCCUAGGUUGAAUCUGUAGCUCUGUACGUUAAUUGGAGCUAUGUAUCCAACCUGGGAAAAACUAGGCAAGAAAAGCCGUUGGCUGCUGAGGAACCCUAGAUGCUAAUACAGGGAUGCUGUAGUGCUUGCAUGAUAAGGAGCUAAUAUGUGGCCUUUUUUUAUAUAUAUAGCUUUAGGGUCCAGUUCUACAAACAAUGUACAGCAUAACGCUACAAUAACAAAUUAUACUACUUAGAGACCUUUUGUGCUGUAGUUUCUACUAAUGUUUGCAAACUGGGCCUAAUUUUUACAUAAAUUGUUCAUAAUUAGCAAAAGUUGGCUUUUAUGAUGUGAAACUUUCGGGAUAACACUUUCUAGCAUGUCAGCUAUUUUGGUUAAGUGGAUGACAACUCAGUGUUGUGGUUUGGUGUAUACCAUGAGAUACUAGAGUUGUUACUUAGAUGUUGCAAUCUAUGUUCACUGUGUAAAAAAAAAAAAAAAAAAAAAAAAAACAACAAACAAACAAAAACAAAAAACCUAUUGCACUAGCUGUACUUUUUUUUUUUCUUUAAAAAAAGCAAUAAUGUGAGCAUCUUGUAGCUUUUAUCUCCAAAGGUGCUAUCUGUCGUGAUCAAUUGCACUGUUGACCAUGAAUUUGGUAAAAACAUGUUAAAGAAAUUGUCCUAUGUGGUUUACUCAGCACAUACAAAUCGAAACUUUUUAUGGUCAGCCUCUGUACUAACAAAUGCAGUACUUUGUUGGACUACUUAUAUGACCAUACACAUCUUUAAAAAUCAAAAACCUAUGUCCAUUUAUGGUGCUAAUGAUCUCUUAAAAAAUAGCAAGAGCUGGUAUUCUCUUCUUACCCAUAAACAUUAAGGAAAGCUGUUGUGACACCUUUUCAAUAAAGCAAAAUUUCUCUACAUUUUAAGCAUGUUCCAAAUUCUUUUUAUAGAACUAUGACCCUUUUCUAUUUCUGUUUAUAUAAAAACAGCAAAAUAUUACAGUAAGUAUUUUUAAUGCAGGAAAAUGUUAGGAGUGUAUAUGGGUCUAGACUACAUGUCCAAAAUUAAAUUUUCAUACAUGCUUAGGAUAGCUAAUCUUCUGAAACUUGGUCUAAAAUAUAAGAAUUGUAUUGGGUAGGAUUAAGGCAUAGACUAAUAGUUAAAAAAAAAAAAAAAAAUUCUCUGACAUCAUAAUUGUUGAAGCCUUGGAGACAGAAAGAGAGGAUGUGAAAUGGACAAAACUGCAUGAGGACAACACUCAUUAUGCAGUGUAGAUCUAUCUCUUCCUUAAACUUCUGAAAAACAAAUUUGUGAAGGAACACAACCCCAUAACCAUAUCUAAAGAACAGAAGUGAAACUUGACAUAAUUAUCAAGGCAAUUAAUUGUAGAACACUGUAAAAACACAUGGGAGAGCCUUAAACUAGGAUUGUUUAGAUUGUGGAACAGCAAAGCAAUUUUCUAACUUUGCUUUACAGCUUCACUAGCAACCUUCUCUUAAGAUGAAAAACUAUCUUGUGCCUGCUGUUGCAGAAGAUAUUGUUGUGCUUUUUUUCCCCCCCCUUUGCUUAUGAUUUUACAUUGCAUAUAAUGAAGGACAAUGCACUUCUAAAUCUUCAAGAGGCAUCUUUGGGCAGCAGUACCUAUGUUUUCUCCCUAUGGAGAAUCCAAAGCCUUUAGUUCUUGUUAAAGGCCCCUUGCUUCUCAACUUGCAGUUGUAAAGGUGUCUGCCUAUAACACAUUUGGAAAUCCUACUAUAGUCAAGUCUGAAAUAAGUAUGAUGCUCUUAAUUGAUAGGGAGACAUGAACACGUGGAAUGGGUGCCAUGUCCAGGUACACACUGGCAAAUGAGCCGGGUGCGUGUACUGUCUGCAACACUGCAGCACCCUUCCUGUGCUCUAAAGUCGUGGCACCCUGAGGUUUUGGUCACUAAACCGCCACCUUUCAUAUACUGGAAGAUGGCUCUGGAAUCACUUGCACCUAGUACUUCAAGAAAUAAACAGGCUUCUCUAAGAUCUGUUUUAUAGGACUUCUGUGUCGAUGCAAAGAAUAUUCCAGGUCUAGAGUAAUGUCACUUAAAGAGGAAACAAACCCACCAUCUAGGGUAAAAGUUAGGUGUUUUUGUUGACUGAAGAUGGAUAGUCCAGUAAUGAUAGUCUGUAUUGUGUCUUCCUACUUCUCAGCGCUUGCUUUAGCAGUAGGAGACUUGGAAGAGACAAAGAUAGAACAAAGUCAUCCGUAACAGUUCUAAGCCACAUUGAAAUGUAACUUUUCUAUCUCUUAAUUACUAGAUGCUUUGAAGAAAACUGGUUGUCUUUUUUAAUUUACCAAAAAAGUGCAAUAUUUACAGAAAUAUUAAGAGACAAAUGGGUGCAUGUUUAAAUGCCUUGCAAAAAUGAAAAUUUUGCAAGCAUGCAACAUGCACUUGACUGAGCAGGCUUUUUUGCAUUAGCUGCUCUGAGUUACAGAAACGUUUUUGUCAGUACACUAGUCAAACUCAGAACUUUCAAAUAUUUUCAAUAUUCUUUUGAUAAGGAGAGUGGGGUUUUUUUUGUAAAUAAAGUGCCUGUGGAAAUUAAAAAAAAAAAUAAAAUCUAAAAGUUGCCUGCAAGCUUAAAUACAACAAAAAAACCCGGCCCAUACUUGAAGAGAAUGGGUGCUAACUCAACAACUGUAGAGGAUAACAGGUCAACAGUUGUAAGGACUUAGUAAGAUUCAAAGGCUAAGAUAAAGUUUGAGAAAGGAACACUAUAUUGCUUUUGAGAGUUUACUGUGUUAAUUAAACUCCCAAUGUUUCUGCUUGGGCCUUAACUCUGUAACUUGGUUAUCUUUAAAGAAAAAUAAUUUGACUGUUUAUUUUUUUUAAACACUUGUUUUAAUGACAGACUUGAAUCUGAUGGGGUUUUUUGUUUGCUUAUUGCAUGGAGAUUUUUUUACCUGUUAAAAUUAGAGUCACGAAAUGCUUUGAUUUCUCAAUGUAGGGCAAAACAGUUUGAGGAACUGAUUUUCCUGAAGUGCAGAAUUAAAUGGCAGUGGUUUUUAUUACACUGAUACUGGGACUGUAUUAGUACUGAGGAGAAAUGAUUACCAACGAAAGCAUUGUAGUGAUAAAACUUGCAUGUGGAGUUAUUUGGGGUAUGCAGAAUAUUAGUAAAGUACUUGUUUAUAUUUUGCUGUUAAUUAUAUACUUUAAAAAGAGGCUAUUGGUUAUGAUUUUAAUUGGAAAGUCUGACUUUAAUGUUGCAACAGCUUCUCUUAUUUUUAAGUAGAAAUGAUAUUUCAGAGCAAAGUUUACAUUUGAUCAGUAAAUUCACUUAAAACUAUGAAAAUAGCUUCAUUUUUUUAUCAGAAUUAAUGUGAAAUUUAUUCUCUGGGUAACCUAGAAUUGGCCAUAUGCUGCUGAAGCCAAUCUUUCAACUGCAUAUGGUGGCAAGGAGAGAAUUUCUUUAUCUAGUGCUGCUUCUCAACUAGACAGAGAAGGAAGUGAGGCUAGAUUACUCUUAAAUAUGGGCAAAAACGGUAAUGUGUUUCAGCUGUAGUGAAUAGCUUAGCUGCUCCUUUUCAGACUGCACAACUUAAAAUUUCCUUGAGGCUCAGAUUUUAUAAUGUCUUUGGUUCAGAUAAAUUUUUGCCUGUUAUUUUUCUGUAUUUUUCUAAUAGAUGCAUUUUUAUUGGUGUACACUGUAAUUAGCCACUGAAUUUCUGCCAAAUAUAGACACAAAAAAGCUGCAUUCUGUUCUGCCAAUUUAGAUCUGUGAUCUUAGGUUUUUCUACUUUGUUUCAUCCAUGGCUAGUAAAAUAUCCAUUUGCUGUUUAUAUUAGAUUAAAGAGAGAUUGCAUCCAGUUGCCUUAAUUGCUUGGAGGAAAAUGGUCCUUGAAGCUUUAUGUAUUUCUAGAAUUCCUGUAACUUAUGUAUAAUUGCAAUAAAACCUUUU